AUGCACGGCAUGGCGGGGUUGACGACCCAGCGAAACGUUCUGGUAGUGGCAUCUGACGACAGUCUCCAGUUUCUAGACUGCGACAUGAAUGACAGCAGCAGAGAGGAAGUCACGUCCGAGCAGCAGAUGGUGGUCAACCUGGCGCUGGUAAUCUACCACGCGCUAGAUUACACUCACGCCGAGGAUGAGGAACGACUCAUCUCGCCUGACCUUGAAGUUCUAAUAACCGAGAUGACUGCGUGUGACAUCGCUGAUGACGAGGAGGAGUGCGGUGCGAUGUCGGAAGGUUCGGAGACGUCGGAGUGCGGGCGCGCCGACACCGACGACGAGGGAAUCGAGCGCGAUGCCGAGCCGGCACCGCGACGACGUCGACAGCGCAGGCGCUUCAUGCUCAAGGACGUCGUUGAGCGGUGCGUGUGGCACUGCGGCGGCGGCGGGCGGUGCGCGCGCGACGCGGCGGCGGCGCACUACCGCGCCGUGUGCCGCGCGCUCGUGGCCGAGGCGCUGGAGCUGGCGUCGUUCCUGGCGCGCGUGCGCGUCGGCGGCGCGCGCGAUCUCGGCGCCGCGGAGGACUCCGCCACGCAUCUCGACACGCUGCACUUCUCUGAUUGGGCGCGUUUCUGGAUGCAAGUAAUCGGAGAACUGCGGAUGGGUGUCAAAUUAAAGAAGGUUAACUAUUCUAGAACUCCCAUCGAAUACGAGCUGACGCCAUAUGAAAUCCUAAUGGAUGACAUCAGAUCAAGAAGGUAUACUUUAAGGAAAGUGGACGGGGCAAUACCUCAAAGUGUAAAGAAGGACGCACACGCCAUGAUUCUCGAUUUUAUAAGAAGUAGACCGCCUCUCAGAAAGGCCUCGGAGCGUAAGUUGCCGCCGGUGCGGCGCGAGGUGACGCCGCGCGAGCAACUGCUGGCCUCCAUCCAGCGCGGUCGCCAGCUCCGGCCCACGGCGUACUCGCGCCGAUACUCGACGAGCGGUGCGGGUAGCGGGCCCGGCGGCGGUGACGUACGACGCGGCGGUGACGUCACGCCGCAUGCGCAACCGCAGCGGAGGCUCAUCAAAGUCGACUUUGACAAUCUUGAGGACGACGAAGACGAUGACGACACCGAAACAUGUAUCAGCCCAGAAACCUGCGUGCCCCAACCAUUCCCAAGGCAUAUGGCGCCACAGCAACCGGCGCCAAAACCAUGGAAGAGAACUGCAUACGACCUGGCAACACAGUGUCCGUCGCGACGAGCUUCGAUGCGCCGCCAUACAGUCACGCACGUCUGCCCGCCCACCGACGGAGCGCAGUCGCUACCCCACUCCAGGCCAGGUUCGCGUGCAUCGUGUACCGGGGCUGCAUCGCUCGCGAGCAGCGAUUUGGACGGGCCGCUGGGCGAGUUGUCCUGGUCGCGUUCAUCGCUGCAGGACGAACUUAUCAAGUCGAAACAAUGGCAGGACGCUAUAAUGUCGAACGACCGCCUCUCUCUGACGCUCGAGGAGAUAGUUCACAUCAGAUCUGUGCUGACGAAGGCAGAGCUGGAGGUUUUGCCCGUUGAGGGCAGAGUUAAAGAAGACGUUGAAAAAAGAAGGGUAUGCUUCCUAUGUUUGAAAACAAGAUUUGGCAUUUUCGGCCCCUGGGGGCAAAAAUGCAAACUGUGUAAAAAGACUGUCUGUCAAAAGUGUUGUUCGAAGAUGCGUAUACCGACGGAGCACUUCGCACACGUGCCAGUGGUGCUGCUAAGUCCGUCGCUACUGCCGUCGCCCGAGGAUGAAGCGCAGUCCUCGUUCCCUAGGAGUCUCAUGUCGCGGCUCGUCUCGCCUGAACACACAGUGGCGGUGGACAAUAGCGUGGGCAGCGCGCCCAGCAGCCCGGUGUCGCGGCGCGCGGGCUGCCCGCAGUCAGCGCCCGGCUCGCGCGGUAACUCCGCGCUGGGCUUCCACCUUGCCACGCCCGCCAUGACGCGUAGCGAGGGGCCCGGCAGCAUGCCCUGCGUCGUGCCGCUCUCCGCGCCCGAUCGCAGGUCUCGGUACGGCCGCAGCGCGACGGGAACUUCAGCGGCGGAACGCCUUCGCGGCGUACAAAUGGCGGUGUGUCACGACUGUAAGGCGAUGGUGCUGCAAAUCAUCAAGUCUUCUCGCGCCUCGCGCUCCGCUUCACGCGACCGCGCACUACGGCACCUAACUCUCGACCUGGCGCCAGUUUACACCGCCAACUGUUAG